GCGCGCUGGUGUCGCCGCCGCGUCCCUUUCACCUGCUCUGUUCUGCCGGAGGCGCGGGGAGCCGAAGGGCUGUGCGGGCAGGAGGGAGGCGCUGCUGGGUGCGAGCGGGGCGCGAUGGUGUGCGGCGGCUUCUCCUGCUCCAGGAACUGCCUGUGCGCCCUUAAUCUCUUGUAUACGCUAGUCAGCUUGCUGCUGAUUGGGAUUGCAGCAUGGGGCAUAGGUUUUGGCCUCAUAUCCAGUUUCCGGGUCGUUGGAGUAGCAAUUGCGGUGGGGAUAUUUCUGUUCCUGAUUGCUCUGGUGGGAUUGAUUGGAGCCGUCAAGCACCAUCAGGUGUUGCUGUUCUUCUACAUGAUUAUUCUCUUGGUAGUGUUUAUUAUACAGUUCUCCGUCUCCUGUGCUUGUUUAACAUUGAACAAAGACCAACAGAGCCAGCUUCUAGAAGUUGGGUGGAACAACACGAACAGUGCAAAACAGGAUAUUGAGAGGAAUCUAAAUUGUUGUGGGUUCCGAAAUGACAAUAAAGACGGAACUUGUUCAGCUACUUGUAUUCAAACAUCACACUGCUCACCCUGUGCACCCAUAUUAGAAGAAUAUUCUGGCAUGGUCCUGAGAUUUGUAGGAGGUAUUGGGCUCUUCUUUAGCUUCACUGAGAUCUUGGGAGUCUGGCUGACCUACAGAUAUAGGAAUCAAAAGGAUCCUCGUGCAAAUCCUAGUGCAUUUCUUUGACCUGGGAACCUUCUUGAGGGACUAAAUAUCUCUUUUCCUGUGUUUUUAAAAAUGAAUUAUGUACUGAUUGGCUGCUGUUCACAUUAAGUGAGGCUUUGUGCACUUGAGAUAAUGACGGUUCACCUAGAGAUGCCUCCUACUUUGGUUUUGUUUUUUGAUGUUUUCUUCCCCUUGGAUUGGCUGGUUUGAAAUGCCAGUCAUGUAACUAAACAGAAUUUGGUACUCUAAGAAAGUGAAAGAUAGUUGAAUAGAAUUAUUGCAGUCUUAUUGUAAUACUUCUGCUGUUUUAAUUGUUGGUUGCUGUUGCUCUUGGUGAUUAAAGAAAAAAAUCCAUUUUAUGUAUUUCAUCCACCAGAAAAAUUCCUAUUCACAUUGUUGCUCUGAACACCUGGUGCUUUGUGAUUCAGUUGAAAUCUAUGGUGAGAAUUAUGUUGCUUUUGCUUUCUGUUUCAGGGGAAACCACCAUGGAAAUCAUUUCACAUAUAAAAAAUAUAUCUUCCAGCUAUAUUUAUGCAGACACAAGUAUGUGGGGAAUAUACCUAAACAGAUUUUUCUAAUCCAGCUAUUUCAGAAUUGCCACGUAAUCCUAGAAGUUUCAUUUCAGAACUCUUUUGGUAAUUCCAUGCAUAAACAUCUCCUGUGUUCACAUGCAUACUUGUUCACUGCAGUUUUAGACUUUGUACUGUAUACCCAUGUACUCAAUGGACUGUGCAGAAUUCACAGUAGAUUUGCCAUUGACUUAGUCUGAAUUGUAUUUUUAAAUGAACAAUAGUAUCAGUGGGGAUAAACAGGAAUGUGAAUUUUCAUUGUAUAUCUGAUGUUUUGGUUUGAAUGAACUAUGUAAUUAGACUGUUGUAAAGGAGGAUGAUCUUGAGCUUACUUGUCACUGUAAGAAACUGGUCGUGGUGCCCAAAGGGGUCUUGUAUCUAUUUUUGCAGUUUGAUUUAAUUUAUCAGUGUAGUAAAGUUAACUGUGAUACUG